UUUUCAACUUUUGUAAGGCUCAUCAGUUUUUCAAACAUUUUUCAAAAAUAUCACUGUGUUUAUUUUGUGGUUUCAUAGACAUACAGUAGACCUACAUCCAUAAAAUCUUUAGCUUAAAAGCUUUUUAUGACACACUGUAGAAACUAUUUUGCCUACUUCACUUCAUUUCAUACUGUCCCAUUGUGAUCCAGGGCUAUCAGGAGAGAUACCCAAUCCCAGAGGGCCAUCGUGGCUUCAUCAGUGAUGCCAGACUUCUGCAGAUGCAGAGAGCUGAGAGAGAGGCCAUGGAAGUAAAGCAAAGAAAGAUAAGUGCUAUCCAUGAGAAUUAUGUCCGGACUGCUCUCAUCGGGGUUGGCAGCACCUUCGCGCACCACUUUGCCCCCUCUAUUCAGUGUAAUCCGGAGCCAAAGGCUCCACCGAGGCCUUUGCCACGAAGGCUUGAACACAUAGCUCUGGCCCCACUGAAGAACGUGGUGGGAGUGGACGGAGCCCAAGUUCGACCUGGAUCUCACUCUCUGGAGUCCAUCCAGGUAAAUAAAUCAUUCAGCAGCAGUAGCGUGUGGCCUGUUCCCGUCCCUCCCACUGGAGCUCCCUCCAAGAGGGGCAAGAAGAAGAAGGGCAGGCAGGGAGUCAAAGCCCUGAAAGUCCAGUCGGACCAGGGAUGUGCUGACAACAACGGACCCAUUGACCUGAUGGAGGAGGUGAGGGACAUCGAGGCUCAUCUGAAGGAGGAGGGCUGGAAGGUGGUACAUGAGAUGAAGGCCAUGGGCAGGAGAAGUUUGGGCUCGGCCAUGUCCAUGGGGGAAAUUGCCACCAGCUCUCCGGGAACCCUGAGCUCAGUGGAUAUGAACACCCCUGCGGAGCUCCGUGAGUACUUGGAUGUCGGGACCCCGGUCAAGUCGCGUGACAGCCCACCCAGGCCUGCUCCCCCUCCUACCAAGCCCAGGAGCAAACUGCCUCGGCCUAUAAGGUUCCUUAGCCUGCCAAAGGCUGCCACCGACUCAGACAAGAAGGCAGCCAGUGAGCCAAAGGGCCAAAUAAAGAACCAGGCCAGAUUGCAGCCCCUGUCCAACCCAGAGCAGGCCCUGACUAAGACCUUCAAGCUGCUCCACUCUGCCUCUGAUGACUGGGAGAAGAAGAUCGAGGGCUUGACCUCUCUCCGUGUGAUGGCUCAGAACCACAUGGACAUACUGAUGCCUAAACUCCAUGAUAUCUGCCUUGCCAUUAUAAAUGAGGUGAAGAACCUGCGCUCUGCAGUGUCCUGUGCUGCCAUGGCCACACUGGGUGACAUGUACGUUCACCUCCAGAGGGCCAUGGACAGUGAGGUGGAGGGGACGGCACGCGUGCUGCUGCACAAAGCCAGCGAGGCCAACACCUUCAUCCGGCAGGGCGCCAACUUUGCCCUGGGUCAUAUGGUGCAGAGCUGCACCCCUACCCGUGUCAUGAAUUCCCUGCUGGUCGGUGGGCUGAGCCACCGUAACGCUGCGGUGAGGAGCUGCACUGCUCAGCACCUGGAGAGACUGGCUGAGGUUAUGGGGACGGCUCGUCUCCUGUCGGGGAAGAAAGAUCUCACCGACCGUUUCUUGAUUGCCGUCAGUAAACUGGUUGUGGACCCUGCACAGGAAGUCAGGCAUCAUGGUCGCAAUAUCUUGAGAAACUUGGCCACCAAUGGCGACUUUGCUCAAAUGUGGGACAAAUUCGCUCAGAGGAAAGCGCGAGAAUCCUUGAGGGAGGUCAUCUCAAAGGUUAACCUCAAAGAAAGGUACAUUCUCUCUGGAUGAUUAGAAGAAGUGUGACAAAUGAGCUGAUAUGAUUACAGAAAUCCAAUCUCACUGGGCACAGACCUCAGUUCAAUGUCUAGUUUUGAUUUAAAUUUGGGAACUCAACCAAAAUGUGAUAUCAACCAAAAAAUGUUGGUUAAAAGUUGGGUGAACAAAAUCCAAUUGUGUUUUCCAUGUUGAUUCACAGUCAUCACACAGAUGUGUUUGUUGUUGAAAUGAGGUGGAAACAAUGUUUAUUCAACCAAUUUGUCCCAAUGGGAUGAAUUUAAUAUACUGUAAGAUUAUAUCUUUCUGUCUAUUCUCUUUUUCAACAGGAAUAUCUGAAUAAUCCCCAGCUUGACUAUAUAUUUGUAUCUAAAUAUUUGCUCAUUUCCCACCCUGACUAUUAUCCCCCCCCCCC